AUGACUGGCCAAAAACCUGAUCCUGUCUGGAUCACGAUCAGAGAGAAGCCCAAAGUGGUGAAACCAGAGAGGAGCGACGAGCCCGAGGCCAAAAAACCCAAACUGGACCUGAAAGAGACGACACUGGUGAAGAAGCACAUCUCCACUCUGGCACGCACUUGCAGAUUCUUCCUGAGCAACAUCCGAAGAAUCCGACCCUUCCUCACCAACUAUGCUACCCAGCUCCUGGUCCAGGCCCUGGUACUCUCCCGCCUAGACUACUGCAACUCCCUCCUGGCUGGCCUCCCUGCGUCCGCCACCCGUCCGCUCCAGCUCAUCCAGAACUCUGCUGCUCGCCUGGUGUUCUCUCUACCUCGCUUCGCCCACGCUACUCCACUACUCCGCUCGCUCCACUGGCUCCCGAUCACCGCUCGCAUCCAGUUCAAGACUCUUGUACUAGCCUACAGAUGCCUUGAUCAGACUGCACCCAGCUACCUCCAGACCCUCAUCUCUCCCUACACCCCCACUCGACCUCUCCGCUCCGCCUGCACUAGAAGACUGGCUCUACCUCCGCUACGCUCCCCUGCCUCCCGAGCCCGCUCCUUCUCCACCCUUGCUCCGCAGUGGUGGAACGACCUUCCUACAGAUGUCAGGACUGCCCAGUCCCUGACCACAUUCCGGCGCCUCCUUAAGACUCACCUCUUCAAACAGCACCUGUAGAACUCCUCUGUUGUAUCCUGGGACACUAUCACCCUUCAUUUAAAUAUGCUUUAUUUUGCUCUUAUCUGCCCCCUAUUUUACUGCAUUUAAUCCUGUACCUCAGAAUAUUGUAAUCUCCCAAGUGUUUAAUCUGUAGUAUUUUGUACUUAAUCAUAUCCUGAUGUAACUAUCACUACUUAAUCAUAUCCUGAUGUAACUUUCACUAUUAUCUGCUGUAUUAUUGAAUUGUGGUUUGUCACACUUGAGAAUUAUUGUAUUUCUUGUUCUUAUUGUAUGACUUAUAUUGUAACACUUGAAUGUAUUUGUAUUUGCUUGCGAUUGUAAGUCGCCCUGGAUAAGGGCGUCUGCUAAGAAAUAAAUAAUAAUAAUAAUAAUAAUUUUGAAUUAAGAUCAUGGAGGGUGGAUGUUAAUGACAUCCUUGUUCAGACUCCCAUUGCAUCGCAGUGUGAUCCAUUCCUGGUUUUAAUAAGACACACCUGAACUUGUUACCUGUACACACUGUGGCUGGUAGGAAAACCUGGACUGGAUGAAACUGCUGUGCAGUAGGAGUCUUGUUUCGUGAGGAUAAACAACUGUUUUGGGGGCUCCUCGGGGUUUUUCGUCCUUUCUCUCGUUCAGUGCUCCUGAAAUCCGGCACGGAUAAGGGCAUGGAUCCUGUGGGAGAGGACUCUGAGCUGCUGCUUCAGAUCCGAAACAACGUGC